CAGCGCUCAGCAGUUCGAGUUCGAGACAGUUGUCGGCUUUUCGAUGGAGUGUGAUUCUUUUAUGUUAUCAUCUUUUUAGCGAAGAAUUUUUCGUGGUAAAACCGAAAACAAGUUAAAGAACGUUGACCGAACGGUACUUCUUCCCAAGGGGCAUCGCUAGGUAGUUAAAAUAGCUCUACAAGAGGUGAAAAUGCCGUCUGCGGCUAAUGUCAAGAUUGACAAGCAGAUUUCCUCAUCGGAAAAUGCAUUGGCCGAUAAUGGAAAUACUGCGACUACGCCUAUUCGGCAGGCAGUUACCAUUAUAGAGCACAAGAUUCGGAACCUGGAGAAAAGAAAGUCUAAAUUAGAGUCUUAUCGGGACUUACAAAAUGCUGGAAAAGAACUGAAUUCGGAUCAAAAGACUGCUUUGGCUAAGAUUAAUGAAGUGAUUAUGACUUUGGAUUUUGCGAGAGAUUUAUACAAACAGUUCCUAGGCAUAGCUUCCUCAUCAGAAAAAGAUGCAAAAAAGCAAGCAAAAAGAGAAGCUGCAUUAAAAAGUCAAGCUGAACUUGCUAGGCUAAGGGAAAUUCUAUUGGUACAAGACGCAUUAAAUCAAAUGGGUAAUGAGAUUGUUAGGAAUGAUUUUUUGAAUGGUCGAAACGGUGCUGCACAAUUGACUGAAGCUGAUCUUAAACUAUUAGAUGAUUUAUAUCCCGCUGUGACCCCGAAACACGAAUCAGGCAAUCCUACUGCAUUUACAAAUGAAGUCCAAGCCGCUGCCGAGCACUUACUGGCUGUUGUAGAUGGAAAAGCGAAAGAUGUGUUUGGAGGAACCUACAGUCAAAUAAAGGAAAUUUUAGGAAAAAUUCAUGAAAGCGGAUACUUUGAUCAGUCACCAGUGGAAGCUAUCGUUGAAGAAGAAACAGUCGAAGUAGUGACCGAUACAGUAGCGGUAGCCGCCUUAGAACCGGAACUUCCAGUACAAGUUUGCAACGAUGGAGCCCUUGCCGGACAAAUCGAAACAAUCACGAUUGAAGCAACCAACCAUCCCACUAUUCACGGAGGCGGACAGAGAAUUCCGCCGGUGUUACCGGUGGAACAACCGCCGGUGCCCAUUGUACCUGCUGCCGGUGUUCCUCUACAAGCGCCCCCUCAAGGGGUGCCGCCCACCGUUGUUCCGGCACCUCUCGUCAUGGAUCCCACAGCAACCAUUCCGCCCCCACAUCAACCCCCGCCGCCUCCUCAGGAAAUUUUCUAUCAGCCCCAGCCGCCGCAUCAGCCCCCCAGACCGAUCACCGAGAUGUUGGGCACAGGAAACUUCUUCUUUUUACAGGAAUCAGAGAUAGACACCCCGGAACAAAUCCCCACGCAAACCUUCACGAAUCAAACGUUCGUUGGCCAACCACCGCCACCGCCGAUUCCCAUGCCACCUCAUCACUACCAAGGACCGCCGCAAAUCUCCCCAAAUAAUUUAUCUCCCCAGAUGCAGAACCACCAGGUACCACUAGCGGCCGUUCCGGUUGUACAACCGGUGCCUGCCUCCAUGCAACCCGUGAUCAACGAAGAUGUCUCUCUCGUAAAACCGAUCCCGCCGCCGCAGUCUGAAGAGAUGGACAAGCAUUCUAUGAAUAGAGCUAGCCAGAAUAGAGGUCCUGUGCCAGCGAGCAACCACCAACCGCAAUCAUUCUACAACAACGGCUAUACCAACAGACCAAGCAGACCAUCCGCUCAACAACACUCUAGGAAUAACGGGGUUCCCCAAAACCAUCAGGGACGGCCCCAACCUAAUAGGCAUUAACAUUUUGAUGACCUCACUAAUUAAUCAUAUUUACUUGAAUUUGGCUCGUUUACAACAUUCAUGCUUUUUGUUUCGUUGACCGGAUUAGGUUUAGUUUCUUUUCUCCUUUCAAGAUGAAGUACUUUUCUAGUGUGUUUUUUUUUUUAAAACAAAUGUAUGUGUUUGUGGAAUUUCGGGUGAUACGCGGGCGCCCCAGAUACUGUGCGGUGUCAUAUGCUAAAAUCGAAGUCGGUUGAUUAUUUCGAAAGUUUUUUGCCUCUUCAUACUUAUUAGUUUAGCUGUUUGGUCUGGGUUAAUUUUGUCCGAGAAUGGCUUAAAAGAUUAUUUGGCAAUUAGUAAUAGAAUGUUUAGUUUCUUAUGCGAGUUUACACAAAAUCUGCUCUGAAAACUUACUUUAAUUUCAGCUUUCUAAUGCCUGAAUCUCACAAGGUAUUUUUUCUUGAAUGGCCAUUUUUUGAUACACUGAAACAUUAUUCAAGUAUUAUAAAAACAAGACAAACUGUUAUGCCUUAGUGAUAAAUUAUUUUCUGUAAGAUUAAAGAUACAUUUUUUUACCUUUCAGUAUAACUUAUAUUUUUGAAGGAGAUCCGGCUAGCCGAUUUCUUUUACGGAUAAUAUGUAAAACUGGAGACCUAUGAAUUGAAAAAUAAAACUCGAUAUCUAUUUA